UUUUUCAACACAGGCGUCUCGCCGCUUGACUGACUUAUGUUAAUGGGCCGCUUGCGUUGGUUGCCGAUGCGUAUAAAAGGGACUCGGUAUAUUACAACAGCACCUAUCUUAUUGGUCUCCAACGCCGUGUGGUCCUGUUCCAUCAAGAUGAAGUUGUUCAAGGUCACAGGGCUUCUUCUAGCGCUGUGCUGCCUGCAGUCUAUUUGUGGCGCCCCGGUUGAAGAUGGAGACGGCCAGGAUAGCCCCGAAGUGGAUAUCGAUACAGAGCAGCAGAUAGAUUCCGAGAUAGAGAUUGUCAACGGCGAGACAGGACAACGACGCAAAAGGGCCUUUUUCUACACCAGACCUUGGCCUGACAAUAUAAUUCCAUAUGUGUUCUCUCCUAAUAUCCCUUCAUACCUCGUUAAAAAGUACCGCGGGUUCAUGCAGACGCUCGAGAGAAACACCUGCAUCCGGUUCAUAGAAAAGGCCGAUAACUCCUCCGCUGUACCCGAAGCCCCCAAUACACGAGGAUGGGUUUACAUCUAUCACAGUGGCGUAUGCAGCUCAUACAUAGGGUACAGCGCCAAUGGCAGAACGCUGGCGCCAUGCGUGGGAGCUAUUACAUACGCCCAUGAAUUCGGUCACAUGCUUGGUUUGGUACAUGAACUGAAAAUCAAUGCACGACAAGAGUAUGUGAAUGCUCUCUUGGACAACGCCGGCAACUUUUACCGGCCUGAGCAGGAACUGGCAUCAGACGUAGAGCAGACGAAAUACGCAAGCUGUGGCUUCUCCUCGCAGUCUAUUAUGAUGUACAACAACUACCUGAUUACCAAGUACGGAUGGCCAACCUACACCUACUUGUACCCCGGCGCAGGGCGACCGUCGUUCGACAGUCUGUUCUUGUUCUUCAAGGAAAUAAGCAUCAACCAUAAGUGCUGCGGGGAGGAAAGCUGCGACAGCACCACCUGUGCUAACGAGGGCUAUAUGGGGAAUGUCGAGGGGACGUGCCAGUGCGUGUGUCCGCCCGGCCUCGAUAGCCGCACGAAGUGUACAACUGUCCUCUCCGAAAGAUACCCAGUGACAAACUGGCCAAGCGAGGUGUCUUAUCUUGCGCCGAAGGAGGGGUGUCCAGACGCCAGCUUCAGUGUGGGGACGCGCAUCGCCCAGAGUGAAGGGGAUAACGCCUACUCCUCCCCCAACACCCUGGCUGGCCUCCAGUCCCCCAGCGUCCUCCAACUCGACUUCUGCACCAACACCGGCAACACCUACUCCGGGACGUGGACACCGGGGACCUACUGCUUCUUCAAUCCUGGACUCAACUGCUCCGACCACGGAUUCGACUCGGCCCUCUACCAAGUGAACGAAGCCGCCUCUGGCAAUAAGUGUGGGAGCUACGCCAGCUCCUGCGGCCUCCCCGACGGCGACUUCAGCGAAGGCGCAGUCUACCAGUUCUGUUGCCGUGACGACAGGAUCCCCGGCGACAGACUGAUCCUCCCCAACGAUUUCCCCUUCACGUUGAUGAAGACGACGAACAACGACUGCAUGGAAGUUGCAGGUAUGAACGCCCAGAGCGAGUAUUUCAUCUUUGACCAAGCAGGACCCUCUACCUUCAACUUCGGUGACAUUCAGCCCUCCAUCACAGCCUCCUCCGGCGACAAGCUCCAGUUUGACUACUGCAGAUACGAGCCAGUCGAUUACAACUGUGGAGGCUUGUUCGAUCUGAGUGAUAGCAAUACAGAGCAGUACUUCUCCUCCCCCGGUUACCCAAACCCGUACGGCUCCAACACCGAGUGCAACUGGGUGUUUAAGGCUCCCGAGGGUUCCAGGGUGCUCCUUGAAUGUAGCGACAUCGCCAUCGGAUGCGAUGCGUCGUUUACGGUCAGCAAGAACAUGUUUGGUGAAGGCGGUGUGAUACCUGUUUACUCGAACGGAGACAGAUUGUCCCCCAUACUGUCUAUUGCCAACAAACUGAGGGUGACGUUCAGCACAGGGAUUCAGGCGUGUGCCUUUUCUGGUUUCGAGUGUACAGCCACGCUCGCCGCAUCAACAAAGUUGCCACAUUCAUUGGCGAAUAGAGGAGAAGAAUAUUGCGGGCAGGUGAACUACGCCGUGAGCGAGGAGGGCUUCGCGCAGUGCAGGCCCUGGUCGGAGGUGUUUGAAGCCGAUCCAUCCCUUUUUGCACCAUUUGCGUCAACACAGAACCACGUCUGUGGCUUUGAAUCGAACUACUGCCGAAAUGUGCGGGGACUCAAACUCAUGCCCUACUGUGCCACCUCUGUACACUUGGGAAACGUGACCUUCACCUACUGUGACGUUGGGCAAUUCAUCCAACCCUUCGACGUCCUCGAGGAUUGCUCCAGCUCCCUCUCCCUCGACCCCACGUGUAGCGACCCCGAAACGAGGAGAGUUUGCUUCAAGGAGUGCAAAGACGCGGGCUUGAUCACCGACUACCCUGCUGCGGAAACUCCCGCUCAAGACGUCUCCUGCGGUGAGCCCACGUUGCCAGAGGGAACGACCAACCUCGACGUCAACGCCAACGGCUACAAAGCUGGAGACAGCAUCUCCGUCAAAUGCAACUCCGGUGACAACACACGGGAGUUUGUGUGCCUGUCAAAUGGUCAAUGGUCAACCCAGGAUAACUUCUGUGCAGGGUGCCCAGCGGGCUUCAUAGAGCGAAGUGGAAACUGCUACAAAUUCCCCGCAGGAACGUUUAAAGGUGUCGAUGCAAGGGCGGAAUGUGCUAAAGCCGAAAACGGAAACAGCGUUCUUGUAUACCCAGAGAGCCAGACCGAACUCGAAGACAUCAUUGUUGACUUGAGAGAUAAUGUUCUGGGGCUUAGUACAGCUAAACUUUGGUUUGGGAUUACCCCGAGUGGAAGUGGAUGGAUUUCGGAUUACGAUAACUCUCCUGUUACUGGCAGCUACCUGUGGAAAAAUGGUGCAGUGAACGGGAUUAAGGGAAGCGCAAGUACCAAUAUGGCCUGGUUGCUACCUGGUAACCACAAGUUCGCAAACAAACUAGCCAAGACGAGCAACAAUAAACACUCCGGAUAUGCCUUGUGCAAGCUGCCACUUACAGGCGGUUCCUCAUCUUGUAAUGACAAAAAGGCCGACUGUGGGACAAUUCUCAGCGGUAAUCCCCAACUGCGGUACAGUGCAAGCUUUGCCAAGGAAUUCUGUGAAUACACAUCGGGGAACUGUGAACCAGGCACGUGCACCGUCCCCACUCCCCCGGCUGGUGUUGUUGCCGACGCGACGACCUUGGAAACUGGCGAUGCCGUCAAGUACGAAUGUGGUUCCGGGUAUGUCUACCAGAGCGGAAACAGAAUCCGUGCCUGCCAGAGAGAUGGGACUCUCACCGGAACUGACAUCAUAUGCGGAGAUGGCGCCACAGCUCCGAGACAGAUGAACUACUACGAGCUAAGCGACACUCGUUCUGCCACAAGCAAGAACCAAAUAAGUGCUGGACCUUCCCCCUUCUUGAGUGUGGCGGUGGACUCUAAAGUGAAAGCCUGCAGAGCUUUCUGCAGAAACAGCGGCACAUUAAACAUCCAGUUCUGGCGUCUAGCUGAUACCGGAGUUCCCAAAGAUUUUACCCUUAGGGUAACGGAACAGGUGCAGUGUGUGGAGGGUCGAGCGGUCACGUGGGCAUUCAGCACCCCCUUGAGCGUUAAAGCCGGAGAUUUCGUUGGCGUACACGACAAAGUUGGCAACCUCGUGUCCAUGCACCCUUGCAGGGGAACGAAGACGUUGGACGCCAACAACGUUAUGAGGAGUCUGUCAACAACGGACGACCCCGCUGUCGGCGACACAGUGAGGGUCAGCGAUUACCCAGCAUGCAUCACGCUCCGUCUUGACUGCUUCUACGUUCCUGAUGCCUACACAGGAGCUGACGUGCAAGUGGAUUUCCAUAACUAGAAUGUUAUACAUUGGUAUUUGUAACACGUGUGUAUAUUCAGUAUAUAUCACGAUCAACAAUCGGAGAUGACAGCUGCCAUGUUCCCAUGGCAACGUCGUAACAUGAUAUCAUACAUGAACAUUAUGAAAUAAAGGAUCAGCAAUCA